CACUGGGCUCUCACACACUCACACACUCUCUCACACACACACAGACGAAGAGAAACAUGGGAGUCGAGUUCCAGACCAUCAGCUCCGGAGACGGACGGACUUUCCCCAAAGCAGGACAGACGUGUGUGGUGCAUUAUGUGGGCUUCCUGACAGACGGCACCAAGUUUGACUCUUCUCGGGACAGGGAGAAACCUUUCAAGUUCAAGAUCGGCAAGAAGGAGGUCAUCACUGGCUGGGACGAGGGAGUGAAGCAGAUGAGUGUCGGUCAAAGGGCCAAGCUGACCUGCUCGCCUGAUUAUGCGUACGGAAAACAAGGCCACCCGGGCGUCAUCCCUCCCAACGCCACCCUCAUCUUUGAAGUGGAACUCCUGGCACUGGAAUGAAACAAACCCACAGCCUUUUUCUGUGUCGUGAGACUACCUACCUGAGUGACCCGCAGAGAAACGAGAGGAGUCUGCACUUGAUCCCGUGAGAGGCUUGAGUUUAAUCGUUCCACUACUACGACUUUUUGUUUGUGUUCUUUUUGUCUCUGUGAUUGAGUUAAACCUAUUUUUUUCCUCCUGGAGAGUUUGGGCCAUAACCUUAACAACCUCUAUGUUGUUAAUCUUGAAUUCUUUUUUUUGAUUUACGCUUUAAUUUGUGUUAUUUUGUGUGUUUUUUUUCUUAUCACCCCCCGUACUAAGCUCAUGUGUGUUGAUGUGUGCUUCUUUUAUAACCAACCAAAAAAGGAAAAACAAUUGUAUCCAGCUUGUGUUGGAUUUAGUGGCCACCUGGAGUGAAACUCUGUCCUUAACAGCGCGACACAGGAACUGUGCUCUCAUUUAAAUUGUAAACCCAAGUGUGAGCCCAAAGAGAAGAACCCGUCCCAGUUGUAGAUGUAGAGUUCUAACAUGUGCCUACGUUUUCUCAUCAGACACGUGGACGUGGCGGCCUUGUCCCCUCCGUCUGCAGAUGUUGUGCGCUUUGCAUCAGUCUUGCGUUAGCACUGCCUCCUCAUCUCUUUAAACCCCAUUUAAAGCCAUAUACAGCAGGUAGAACUGCUCACAGAUCAAACGGAAAAAAAUAAAGAGGAAUGCUUGAAAUUUAGGGGGAAAAAAAGUGGGAGGGGGAGUUAAUGAGGAAUCAAUGAAAUUAUGACUUUAUUUUUGUGGCAUUAUUUUAAUUGUGUCAUUUUUCAGAUGCCAACUUUCUAUUUCUGAGAAUCAACAAAGUUAAUGUACGCAUAAUCUAUCACGACAGAUGAUGAUGUUUUAUCUGCACGUACAUACGUAUGUAGGUAUGUGUGCGUGCAGGAUCUUAGCGGUUUUAUAUCUCAAAAUAAAAAUAGUUUUAAAUGGAGUUUAAAUGAAGGAAAGCACUGGCCCCGGCCAUCAGAUACUGACUGUGGCUGUUAAUGUUACAUGUUAUUAGCCAAAGCUGCAGCUGGUGUGGCAGCAGUCCAACUCUAUACUGUGUACUCAUGUGCUGAUAUGUCACCGUGUGCAGGCGAAACCAAUGAUGGCAUAUUUAAAAUAAAAAAUAAUAAAAAUAAAGUGCUCUCCA